GUAAACUCAGCAACUGACAACGAACGACGCACCGAACCAGGCCACAACACAAUCGUUUUCGUCGAGUGCGUCGCGCACGAUCGCGAAUGAUCGCUCCCGGUACGCCGUGUCUGUGUGUAUUGCAAAAAAGAAGGGAAAAAAGUGAAGUAUGAUGCAGUUUUCCACGCGAAGGCAUCGUCGGUAAUAUCCGUACGUUAUUUGUCCGGGCGGCAGCGUGCUUGCUUUGAUUUCGGUCGGUGCGAGAAGUGCAGGUGCGAAGCGCACCACGGCGUCAGAUCGUAGUAGGGCUUCCUAUGCUUCUGCACGCUGUGUUAAAAAGUGCUUGUGUUGCUAGUGUUGCUAAAGUGAUUAGGCGGUAAAGAAUCGUGUUGGUUGAAUAAUUGUGUAUAGCUUGCGUUCGAUUUUCGAUCGAAAAACCCGGGAGUGUGCACAGUUUUUCCGAGGUAGCAAAACCUGUUCUAGAAAGGUUCGCUCGUUCGUUUGCCUGUAUGAGCGCGUGCGUGCGUGCGUUUAUGUGUGUGUGCCGUGUUGGGUUAUACCCGGUGGAAGAAGAAGGAAGCGCGAGUGCGCGCGCAGCAUAAGCCUCGCCGAGCCUCUCGGUAAAUACGGGCGCCGUGCAGUGCAUGUGUGUGAGUGCAUGUUGUGUAAAAGCGUGUGCGAGCGUGUGUGAGUGUAUGUCCAUGUGCAAACAGCUCGUCCCAUAAUCGCGGUACCAAUUCCAGCAUCCAAAAGGCAUUUUUUUUUCUAUUGCUGUGUCGCACAUAAUCAAUGCUCGUGGUUCCUUGAUAACGUUUAUUUUACAUUUUCAAAUACACAAAUACAAAUACAAAAAAAAAAACAUCCCCGGAAGGUAUCAAUCUUAAAUUUCUGCAUUGAAACCAAACAAAAAGAAACCCCACAUUAAAGAAAGAAAAAGAGAGAUCAAACAAGAAUACCCGGGUUGACUGCAAUUUUUCGGAAGAGCUUGCAAGCAACAAGUGCACUGACCCUCUUUGGUCCGCGAUCCUCCAACAUUCCAGCACGCUUUUUACGCACAGCUUUACAAAACGAUGAAAGAAUCACUAUCGCUGCAUGAGAAGAAGGUCAGCAUAAUGUCGGGUGCCGGAGGCGGUGGAGGUGGUGGCGGCAGCGACGGGCCCGAGGAUGCCGGGCUGUCCGAUAAGAAAUUGAUCCCGAUCACGCAUUUGCCUGCUGCGUGCCAGAAGAAUCCAUUACAACCGAUCGAAAAUACCGCCACCACCGUCAUUGAGCUGCCGGUGCAGCAGGGUGGCGCAGGAGGUGGUGGUGGCACGCUACCAUCAGCUGGAGGACAUGUGGAAGCAGCGAUGUCAGUAUCAACGUCACCAUCAACGCCGGAAAUGACUCGGAUCUGUCUGGUGGGUCCGGCCGCACAGGAUGCGGCAACGCUGGCAGCGGCCCAAAGCCUCAAACUGCCGAUCGUGACUUCCGACACCGGUGCCGAGUACAUCGGGGAUGAUGACAGCAUCAGUACGGUGUUCGUGCUGAACGACUUCGAAGGCCCAGUUUACGACGCAAUCUAUAAAGCCAAGCAAAGAAUUCUUGGACCACCGGCCUUACAGCAGGCUGUAAGAUUUAGUGAAGGAUUGGUGUGGAACAACCGGCCCAUAUACAACUACUGCAUGCGUGGCGUCAUUACAUGCUUCACCGGCAUCCGGAAGAAAGAUGAGCUGACACAUCUGGUACAUUUGAUCCAUUCGAUGGGUGGCUCGAUUAGAAAGGGUAUGGACACGAAGGUCACUCACCUGAUCUGCAACUCUAGUGGAGGUGAAAAAUAUCGGUACGCGAUGACGUUCCGGUUGGCAAUCAUACGUCCGAACUGGGUGCUGGAAGCGUGGAAAAAUCGUCACGAUCCCAACUUUUCCGCCACGGUGGAAACCUUCACCAAGCUGCACCGUCUGAAAGCGUUCGAAGGGCAAAAGGUGUGCUUUUUCGGCUUUCCCGAAGAGGAGCAGCAGCACAUGAUCGAUGUGCUCAAGACGAACGGGGGCAUUCCGACGGACUUGGAAGAUCCCGAAUGUUCACAUGUGGUAAUGCCGAACACGGGCGCACAUUUUAUCGAUGCCACCAUGGCCGUGGAAAAUGUUUCGCCGAAGAAACUGCCGCCUGUGGAUCCACGAGAUCACGAACAAAUGGAGCAAGAGUCAAAGGAUCAGUGUGCUUCGUCUUCCGGUGAGCAACAGGAGCUGCAAGCAUCCAACAGCGCCAAGGCAGAGGUCGUUACAGAACGGGAAGUGGUGAAUGUGGCUUUACCAGCUCUGCCGGAGGAGAACGAAUCGUCCGAAGGGAUGGCAGUAGAGUUGGCUGCAAAUGGAAACCAAACGCACAACGGGGGUGGCGACCACAUGCUGAGCAUUGCGGAAAACGACAACAAUCAGAAUCAGUGUGCGGAGCGCAGUUCACGUUUGACGCUAAUCUCCAGCCCACCGAUUCCGUACAUUGAUGCAGCACCGGCAGAGAGAGAAGAUCCAGUCGGCAAUGUGUGUGCGACCCCGAAGCAGGACGGCAUCGUACUGACCUCGGCCGAAGCAAAUCAGUUUCUUGAUCCAAACAAUCUGUCGCCCAUUCUGAAGACGGGUCCCGAGCGUGGCGGUAUGGUUGACGAAUCGUUCGCCAGGAUCGACGAGGGCAAUGAGGAUGAAGAUGAUGACGAUAUCGAUGACUAUGUGAUCGCCAGCCGGGAGGCUUACAAGCGCAAACGGCAGGAAGAUAGCUUCGACGAUCCUUCGAUCCUGUCGGUGGAUAUUUCUAUCGCUUCGAACGCGGCGUACGGUGGAGCGAUCGUUGGUGGAUCGGCGAAAAAGCCGAAGCUAACCCGCACGGGGUCAAUUACGCGCGGUAUACGGCGUAGUAUGAGCUUUGCCGCGAUUAAGACACCGAUCAAGACGAUGCUACGAUCGCGACGCAGUUCGGUUGAUCCGAACGCAUCCAACGCUUCGAUCAACACGAUCGAGGCGACAUUUAACGAAUCGAUCAAGAAACCGGUGAAGGAGAAGCUGCGCAGCAUAAGGGACAAGAUCACCAAGAACAGCAAGAAGGAUACGCCGAAAACGAUCAAAAGCAAGGGCCUGAUAACGCCGGCAAACUUGGACAGCUUGAAGAAGGUGUGCAACUUCAAAUCGACGGACAAAGGGCCGAUUGGUGGCGGUGUGAUGCACACACCGGAACACACGAAACCGUCGGAUCGGAGUGAGGUAGACUUCAAGACACCGGUCGCACCGGUUACAGGCAUUGUGGGAUCGAAUGGUUCCUCGUCGAAAAUUGUAACGCGUUCCCGGGGAAAGCUUGCCGGUAACGCACUGGCGAAAAGCGUAACGCUCCAGCAACGUCACUCGAUCGCAUCGAUUGGUGGUGGUACGGAUGAUACCACCUUGAAGCAGCUGAACGAGGAGGAAGCAACUGCAGCUACAGCGAAUGCAGUGUCUUCAAUGACGAUUGAUGAUGCGGAAGGAACCGUCACUGCUGCUGCUGUCGCGCCCCGUUCGGACGAUGCAGAAAUGAUGCCGGUUGUGGACGAGCAUGUUGUUCAAGCGAAACCGGAAACAAAGAACAAAAACACCCACAUCGUCAAGGCCGAUUGGUUCUGGUACACGAUCCAGGCAGGCUAUGCGAACGAGAUCGACUAUCUGUUUGCCGAUUAUUUGGAAAGUAUAGCGCACACCCCGGCAGUGGAUCGACGCGAUUCAUUGCCGGUCAGCUUCAACAAGCGCAAACGGAAACGUCUGUCCCAGCGGACACCGGCGGACGGGGGCGGUGGUACGCCGCUCGGUGUCGGUAAGCGCCGAUCGUCCGUGUCGGAUGCGGGGCUGCUGUCGGUGUCGGGCAGCUUCCUCGACUGCACCACCAGCCCGGACAAGCAUGAGUGCAGCAGCAAGAAGAACAUAAUUGCCGAAGCGUCUAAACCGUCGAACGACGCGCCGGCAAAAACGCAAUCGAUGAGGCACAACCACUUUAUGGACUUUUUCCACACGGAAUCGAACUACGUCGGCAUACUGGACACGAUCGUGAAGCUUUUCAAGGAACCGCUGGAGGAGAUGGUCGAGACUGAGAAUCCGCUGCUGAACAAGUCGGAGCUGCGGUCCAUUUUCGGCAACUUUCUCCCGAUACACGACGUGCACAAGCGGAUGCUGGAUCGGUUGAAGGUGAUACACGGCAGCUGGGCGGAGGAUGUGCUGAUCGGGCAGAUCGUGCUGGACCAUCGGGACGAUCUGCUGAAGGCUUACCCGCCGUACGUGAACUUUUUCGAGCAGAUGAAGGAAACGCUCGUACAGUGCGAUGCGAGCAAUCCGCGGUUUCAUGCAUUCCUUAAGAUUAACCAGGCCAAGCCGGAGUGUGGCCGACAGUCGCUGCAGGAUCUGAUGAUACGCCCGGUGCAACGGUUGCCCAGCAUCAGUUUGUUGCUUAAUGACAUCUUGAAGCACACCGGCAAAACAAAUCCGGACCACAAAAAGCUGGACGAUGCGUUGAAAGCGAUCAAAGAGGUGAUGACGUACAUUAACGAGGAUAAGCGCAAAACGGAGGGACAGAUGGCUAUGUUCGAUAUUUUCAACGACAUCGAUAACUGUCCGCCUCAUCUCGUAUCGUCGCACCGAAGCUUCGUGUCACGCUGUGAGGUAACGGAACUGUCCGACAGUCUCAGCGGUCGCGGUGACCCGCUGGUACUGUUCCUGUUCAGCGAUACGCUCGAGGUGUGCAAAAAGCGGUCCCGGGUGUUUAACAACGUCAAGUCGCCCAACACCAACUCUCUGAAUCUGACCCGUUCGUCGUGCGCCACGACGAAACCGUACAAGCACGUGAAGCUGAUGCCCCUCAGCACGGUCCAGCUGGUGGUGAACGUGGUCGACAGUCCGCGCGCGUUUAUGCUGAACUGUCGCGACCUGGCCCAGAACGCGAAGGAUCGCCAGUACUCGUUCAACAUUGCGGACGAGGAGCAGGAUAAGCUAAUCUACCUGAAGAGCCUGUCGAAGCAGAUGGCGGAGAAUGCUUGCCGGACGGAUGCGGGCCACUUUCUGAUCAACAGCACCUCGGACGAGGUGGACAUCGAUGUGAGCGACAUUAAUGUGGGCACGCUGUCGAAAGCGUUCAAAAUUGCUUCCAAAACGCGCAUGAAGGUCGGUCGGGUGUUUUCGUUCAACAAAACGCCCUCGAAGUUAAAGCGUACCGUUUCCACGAUGAUGCCCUCGCCGUUCGGUAGCACGCAGUCCCUGACGCCCGCCUCCCAGCUGGCACAGAUGAAACUGGCAAGCUGUACGAAUUUAAAUGAGGUCGGUGAGGAAGCGGCCGAAUCGAACGGAUCGUCCCCGUCGUCGUCCGCCAAGCUGGUAGCUCCGAUGUCCGUGCAGCCGACGCGCAAGAACAAAAAUCCUCCCAUAUCGAUUGGAACGCUUCGACCGCUUUAGAACGAAACGAAAGCAACGGGAGGACGUCUACAUGAGCACGUCCACUUUAAAGUUUCCAGGCGGGAAAGUUUGAUGUCACCGUUGCCUGUUCAAAAAGUUUGACCACCAUUGAUUGUGUGGCAUCAGCAGGAAAAGCACUACAUCGAACCGGCGCUGCGCAGCUAUAAUCCGGUCCGGACGUAUUGUUGCUUGUUCGAAAUUUUUCUGUUUGUGUGUAUAUAUUCAACAGAAUCGUAAGUUAUAUGAUGAACUUUGUAACACCCAAAUCGAACAUUGGUAACGUUGGGAAUAAGAGAGUCUUUUUUUAUAUGGAUGUAAAAGCAAACAUCUUCGAAAUUAAGCCGUAGGGAUAAGGAAUUUGUCCAUACUUUUCGUAAUAGUUUUUGUAAGUGUAUGUAUUUCUUUUAAUACUUAAAAAAUCACACUUUAAUGAUACAGAUGCGAGCCGUUCAUUCGCGGUGUCACCAAACACUCGGUCGAGCCGAGUCGGGGAUAGUGGUGGACACGGAUUCGAACAGCAAAAACAAUAGUAGUAAUAAAACAAACUGCUUUUAAUUAAACGUUUAGAAAGGCGAUCACGUUUUCGAACCUGAUUGUGAAGAUUUCGCACUCUUACUGUAGGCCCUCUCGCUUUUGUAUUCCUCUCGGUGGAGAGGAAGUGGUGCAGAUGGGGGGAAGUGGAAGAGCCGGAGCUGACGACGUGUAGAAAGCGUAAGGAUCGUUGUACAAAAAUCAUUCAGAAAAUAUAAUAACAAUCACAAAAUAAAUGCCCAGGAGGUUCAUCACUCUUAA